GUUUAGAAUUCAACCCCUCCCGUGAUUCUGCACUGCACACAACUAGAGAGAGAAAAAAGAGGAGAGAGAGAGAGAAAGAAAUCACGAGGAGAGUUCGGAUCGAACGCCUACUGUACACAUUCAUCUCCUAGGGUUUUCUCUUCGACCAAAUCACAAACCCUAAUUCUUCUCCAUUUUCGGCUCACCCCCGUCGUCUUCAAAUCGACCCAAGUAGGUACAAAUUUCUCGUCUCUCUGAGUUUUCCCCUUUAUAUCCUUAAACCCUAGUUCCGUGUACCUUUCCUUUUUUCUUCAUUUCUACAGUUUGGGUGCUUGUAAACGCUUACUUCGUUGAUUUAAAGUUGCUUUUUCCUUCUGAAGGAUUCGAUUUUUAUGGUCGGGGAUUAAAUCUAGGGUUUUGAACGAGAUUGAUGUGUUAGGGUUUUGGGGCGUCGUUUUUUUUUUCUUUUCUUGUCAACCCUUUAGGUUAGGGAUUUUGUUAAAGAAAGGGUGUUUUCGUCGAUUCCAUGUGGAUUUUGGGUUUUAAGAGAUUCGAUUCGCAUGGUCGGGGAAGAAUCUAGGGUUUUGGGCGAGAUUGAUAAGUUGGGUUUUUUAGGGGCGUCGUUUCAUGUAUGGCGUCAGAGACAUUAGUCGCAGCGGAUGAGCCGAGAGAGACCCGUGUAUGGGGUGAGAAUUACAAGGUUUAUACGAGAAAAAAGUUUCACAAGAAACCCGUCAAGAAUAUCAACAGCGACAAUAGUCUUGGCCCCGAUAGCAAUGAUACCAACAACGGCGAGACCACGACCGCCACCACUUUUACCGCUGCCAAUUCUGACAAAGAGAACAAGAAGAAGAAGAAUGUCGACGAGAGCAAUGGUGACCCCAUUCCUGAGCAGUCUUUGCAGACCCCGCCUACCGAAGAGCAAACUCUGUCUCGAGUAGAUGUGGUUUCUAUUGAUUCUUCGAAUGAGAAUCGGGAUCCCCAAAUUGCUGCUGAGCCUAACGGCGGUGAACCACCCAGUGGAGAUGAGGUUAUUAAGCCGAUUAUUAGGCAAGUGGACGACCGAGUUAGGAUUAAUUUGACAGCCGCGAGGUCGAAGAGCGAGAUUAGGCAGCUUAAGAGGAAGCUAGUGGAUGAGCUUGAUCAGGUGCGGAGUUCAGUUAAGAAGCUUGAAGCCGCCAAGGAGGUUAUUCAGCUUGCUCGCUACUCUAUUGGUGGCGGUGACGGUGGUUAUAGUCAGACUCAGUAUUUGCCAAGUGAUGGGAGGGCUCUAGCGAGGGCUAAUUCAGAGGUGGUCUAUUCGGCAAAUAAUGGGAGGGCUUUAUUGAGAGUGAAUUCAGAGAUGGGCUAUUCAGAAAAUGAUAGGAGGGCUUUAGUGAGAGUGAAUUCAGAGGUGGGAUCGAUAGGUCAUCAUGAUUCGAGGCCUUUCCAACAGCUAAGUGUGUCGGUGAUGGAGAACAAUAAUGGAUUUGGUGAAUUUGUUGAGAAAGAAAAGAGAACUCCAAAGGCUAAUCCAUAUUACCGAAGCGCUGAGUUCCUUCUGGGAAAGGAUAGGUUACCGGCUGCAGAUAGCAACAAGAAGUCAAAAGGUAAUGGCGGGAGGAAACACGGUGGGAGAAUGGGACAUGGGUUUGGUAUAAACAAGUAUAUUAGUCACGCGUUCAGGAGCUGUAACAAUUUGCUCGCUAGGUUAAUGAAGCACAAACAUGGUUGGGUGUUUAACGAGCCAGUCAAUGCCAGCGCACUUGGGAUCCAUGACUAUCAUGAUAUAAUUAAGCACCCAAUGGAUUUGGGUACAGUUAAAACUAAAUUGGGAAAGAAUUGGUACAAGUCUCCAAGGGAGUUUGCAGAGGAUGUGAGACUUACGUUCCGUAAUGCCAUGACCUAUAAUCCGAAGGGACAGGAUGUCCAUGUUAUGGCAGAGGAGUUGUUAAACAUUUUCGAAGACAAGUGGGCGGCUAUUGAGGCUGAGUAUAGUCUUGAUUGGAGGUUUGAACUGGUUCAUGAUCUGAGUUUGCUUAGUCCUACUUCAAGAAAGGCUCACCACCCUCCUCCUGUUCCCCCACAUCCACUUGCUUUUGAUACGAGGACUUUGGAGAGGGCAGAAUCAAUGACGAUGACUGUUGAUUCCAAACGGAAACCCAAGGCUUCGGCGGGCAGGAUUCCGGUCCCGAAAAAGCCUAAAGCAAAUGAUCCUCAUAAAAGGGACAUGACUUAUGAGGAGAAGCAGCGGCUUAGCACUCACCUUCAGGGUUUACCCUCAGAGAAACUGGACAGCAUUGUCCAGAUCAUUAAGAAGAGGAGUUCGGCACUGUCUCAACGUGAUGAUGAAAUUGAAGUGGAUAUUGACAAUGUUGAUGCGGAGACACUUUGGGAACUUGAUAGGUUUGUGACCAAUUACAAGAAGUGUUUGAGCAAGAACAAAAGGAAGGCUGAACUUGCUCUUCAACGAAGAGCAGAAGCUACACCUGCUGUCCCACCAACGAAUCCAGCUCCAGGCAGCGUGGAUGCACAGAAAGAAUCUAAAAAAGAUGAAAAGAAUGCUGCUACUUCUCCUGCUCAAGGAGAAAGGCCAGGGGAUGUUGGUAGUGGGUCAAGUAGUUCAAGCAGUUCUAGUAGCGACUCCGAUUCUUCUUCAAGUGAUUCUGAUAGCGAUAGUUCAUCUGCAAAUGGAUCAGAUGCAGGGCAUUCGUCUAGGACUUGAUUGGAUCAGUUAAGGAUAUCUUAGGCGGAUGUUGAUAUUUGUUGGCGCCCAUCUUCCAGAUUUUGAGAGAGCUUAUUAUGCUUACUCAGAUUAAGGUGUGUUGGAGCCGCCUCACCAGCUGGCUGCAGAAACGUGCCAUCCGUUAGAAGUCUUAGAACCCUUAGGCCCUGUUUGGCUUCUGUUUCUGUAUCAGUUUUCCAGAACACUGUUCAGAUCAAAAUAGGAUAUGAUGGCGGUGGGAAACAUUUUGUGUAGCCUGUGUAAAUUUCCAAGAUCGGCUAGGAAUUUCAGUUGAAAUAUUUGCUCUAGAUUCUCAUUGCAUUAACUUAAAAUGGACCAGAAAUAGAACAGUUUGGCUCAUUGGAGGUGGUUAUGCGUUGUCCAUAAUGUAUCAGGAUCUAUUUUGUUUGUAUUGCAUGCUUGUCUAAUACAUUUGCAACAAUGAAUUUUAGUGCGUAA